CAAGCCUUCCGGAACCCUUCUGCUCAGGGUCCCAGCUUGCUGUGGGGUUUGCCAGCUUGUGGAGACCUUUAUUUUUUCAGGAAGUCCUACCCUACCCAGGAGGAUGUUCCCCAGCUACAAGGUAAAAGUCACAGGCAUGAACCCCAAGACCAAGUAUAUACUGCUCAUUGACAUCGUCCCCGCAGAUGACCAUCGCUACAAGUUCUGUGACAACAAAUGGAUGGUCGCAGGGAAGGCUGAGCCGGCCAUGCCAGGGAGGCUUUAUGUGCACCCGGAUUCUCCUGCCACUGGGGCUCACUGGAUGCGGCAGCUGGUCUCUUUCCAGAAGCUGAAGCUGACAAACAACCACCUGGACCCCUUUGGCCAUAUCAUCCUCAACUCGAUGCACAAGUACCAGCCGCGUCUGCACAUCGUCAAGGCCGACGAGAACAAUGCUUUUGGCUCCAAAAACACAGCCUUUUGCACCCACGUGUUCCCAGAGACCUCCUUCAUCUCGGUGACCUCCUACCAGAACCACAAGAUUACACAGCUGAAAAUUGAAAACAACCCUUUUGCCAAGGGAUUCCGGGGUAGCGACGACAGUGACCUGCGUGUGGCCCGGUUGCAGAGCAAGGAGUAUCCGGUGAUCUCCAAGAGCAUCAUGAGGCAGAGGCUCGUUUCCAGCCAACUCUCAGCUAAGCCGGAUGUCAGCCCCCUGCACAGCGCCCACCAGGCCCUGCAGCACUACCAGUAUGAGAAUGGGGCCCACAUGCAGUUUGCUGCUGCAGAGCCCCAGGACCUGCCCCUCAACACUUUCCCAACGCAGAGGGACUCCAGCCUCUUCUACCACUGCUUGAAGCGUAGAGACAGUGCCCGUCACCUGGACUUGCCCUGCAAGCGAUCCUACCUGGAAACCCCCUCUUCAGUGGGGGACGAUCACUAUUUCCGUUCUCCUCCUCCCUACGACCAGCAGAUGCUGAGCCCUUCUUAUUGCAGUGAGGUGACCUCCAGAGAAGCCUGUAUGUACUCGAGUUCAGGGCCUGAGAUCGCAGGGGUGCCUGCGGUGGACGACCUGCCCCCACCCCCACUGAGCUGUAACAUGUGGACGUCGGUGUCGCCGUACACCAGCUACAGUGUUCAGACCGUGGAGACUGUGCCGUACCAGCCCUUCCCCGCACACUUCACCGCCACCACAAUGAUGCCUCGGCUGCCCGGCAUCUCCACCCAGAGCGCCCAGCCACCAGGAAAUGCCCAUUUUAGUGUGUACAAUCAGCUAUCCCAGUCUCAGGUCCGAGAGCGGGGGCCCUCUGCUUCCUUCCCGAGAGAGCGUGGCCUCCCUGCCAUGUGUGAGAGGAAACCACCCUCACCUCACCUGAACACUGCCAACGAGUUCCUCUACUCGCAGAGCUUCUCCUUGGCCCGGGAGUCAUCCUUACAGUAUCAUUCAGGAAUGGGAACUGUGGAGAACUGGACUGAUGGAUGACAUGCUACCUGUAUCCUUGAGAGCCCCAGCCCCAGGACCAUGUCACUCUAGUAUUAACCUCCGUGGGUGGCCAGCACUGCUAAGAAACAUGGAAAGGUAUUUUAGAAAGUGUGUGUGUGUGUGUGUGUGUGUGCGCGCGUGUGUGCAUGAGUGCUUGAACUUCUACACACAUGUAGUCGGAGAGCAUCUGUCUUCUGACAUGCAGCUAAGGUCAAAACAAGAAAAAAAUGCAAUUAUCUAAGAAGUAAUUUUGGCUGCAGGAGCUGAGUCCACUGUUAGCUGCCAUCUAUCUCUUGACGUGCCCUGGGUGGGAUAGAAGAGGAGGGCUCAGGAGUCACCUAGAGCUUUCUGAAAUAUACUCUGAUUUUACUCAGGGGGCAAGUGAGAUCUCUGGUGCAGGGAGGGCCUUUCUUUUGCUUGGGUGGGGGUGGGGACAUGCUUACCAUCGAGUCCCUGGCCUUCUACCUGCAAGGGGAGCUGUUACUUUUGGGGACAGGAGCACCCCCUUCCCUUAGCUUCUGGAGAUUGUGUGAGACUACCUGAGCCUUCGAGUGCUUUGAGAGUGGAGUUGGCCUGGACUUGGCUUCUUGAAGCUCGAGGGUCUGCAGCGGGACUUUCAAGAAGAGUCACGUGCUGAAUGUCACCUCCUGAUGCUUAUUUUUCCCUUGAGGAAGGGAAAGUGUCACCAGCAGUAUCGCUGUACUUAUUCAAGCUUCCCCAUAAAGGACAGAGUCCCUCCCCUCCCAGUCCCAGCACAUGGCCUCUCAGCCUGGGAGACACCAUCUGCAUCCUGUGAUGGGCCGUCAAACACCCCUUACCUGCCAACGUCCCUUGGAGAUCUCACUGGACUGAUGUUACACAUCUGCUGGACUGUUCUGCUCCCAGAAAAUUUACAUACAUCCCUGGAGCAAGGACAUGGCAGAAGAAUAUGGACGACGGAGAGAAAUUACUUCAGUGUUCAAGCUCGGAGGAGCUUACCAUUCCUUCAGAAUUGGGAGGAGAAUGCACACUCCUCGGUCCAUUAGCAUCACAUGUCACCAGAACGUCAGGGUGGCCGGUACAAACUCUAAAUCAGAAUUUGGAAAUCACUAAACUCUUUGCAUGCUGAAUAGCUAUUUAUAUAUUAUAUAAAUAAAUAUAUAAAUAAAUAUAUAUCUCACAAAUGCGGGCCACAUGUCAAAUUCAGCUUUGCUUUUUACAAAUAAACUUACU